AUGCGCAACGGAUCUCUCAUGGAUACUCUGGAUCGAGCCGUGCCUGUUUCCUUCCUGAUCGACAGCGUUCUCGCGCGUGGAGACCUUAUUCCGAAGCGGAUCGACAUUAUGCGCAACGGAUCUCUCGUGGAUACCAAACGCUCACCCUCAGUCCCGCAACCUUCCUCACCCCUCUUCCCAACCCUCACAAAUACCAAUUCCCAAUGCAUCAAAGCCCUCAAGCAAAUCCACCACCUCCUCCUCUACUUAUCCACCUACCCGUUCCACCACCUCUCCUUUUCUGAACCAGAACAAAUCCUAACCCCCUCCUCCCUCCUCCGCGCGCUGACCCUAACCUCCUACGAACUCACCACCCCUCUCUUUGAUGAAAGCCCUCGCACCCGUGCAGACCAACGCCGGCUCCUCUUCCAGGCCUUAGCUACAUUCCACAUCCCCUCCUCACCGGAUGGAUACCAGGAAAGCAUAGCGCAAGCAGGAGCAGGAGCCCACGCCCACCACAACGCCUCCGCCUUGGACCCCCCUCAACGAGACCUCUGCGAAUGCAAUUCCGAUGAAGACGGGGAUGAAAUGUGCCACGAUCUCCUGGACGUGCUGUAUAACGUCCAGACGAAGAAGGUGUGGGAAGCCGGGGUGCCGCGGGAGGGGUGGCGGGGGGUUGCGAGGCGCUUGAGGAGUUCCGAAGGGGAAAAGGUGCAGGUGCAGGUGAGAUUACAGGAUCUGAGAAUCUCACGGGAUGAGUUCAAGGAGGUGGUGCGGUUGUUUCUGGGGGUGUUUUUUGGGGUUCCGAGGGGUGAUUAUGAUACUUACGAGCUGGGGGGUGCUGCUAAUGAUGACGGGUUAGAGGAGGCGGCGGAGUGUGUGGUUCGGGCGUUUAGCACCCGGACAGAGGAGAACGGGGAGGAUACCGGGAUUAGGUGGGAGGUGUUCGAUGAGGUGGUGAGGGAUAUUCUGCCCGAGUUCUUCCAAGCAUUGGACAGGUUAUUGGCGCCGUUGUAUCGGCCGUUGGAUAAGAAUGAUAUCCUCCGUUCGCCGCCGCCGGGGAGGAUAGCCACGUACCCGGUACUGGCGCAGAUGGGGAUGAUUCUGGCGGAGACGGUGGCGUUUGAUUCGUUGUUGUGCCGAAAGUCGUAUGCUUGUCACCAGGGGAAACGCCUUGAUGCGCUGAUGGCUAACCUCAUGGACGAUGAGGAUCGGACGGUGUUGUUUGUGGCGGGUCGUUUGGUUCGGCCGGGGUACCGGCUGGAUGAGGUUGAUGGGACGUUGGUUUUUGGUGAGCAGGGAAAAGGGGUGCAGGUGGUGCUGGACAACGACCUCAGCCGGAUGAAGGUGAUGCAUGUAGCUCAGACAGGAGGGUAUCAGGCGAGACAGCGGAGGGGAGACUGGUCGAUGGAGGUUGAUGUGCAGGAGAUUGAGAUCUGGGAUGAGGUGUGA